CGCCAAGCGGAUGCUUCACAUGUAUACAUCCGGUAAUAUAUCUAUCUCAUUGUUCUAUCUGUGGUUACAGCUAAACCCCGAAAUAAAGACAAGAUGGCAGGACUGCCCCGCAGGAUUAUUAAGGAGACUCAGCGCUUGAUGGCUGAGCCUGUCCCAGGCAUUAAGGCGGAGCCUGACGAAGGGAACGCCCGCUACUUCCAUGUGGUCAUCGCCGGGCCCCAGGACUCACCCUUCGAAGGUGGCACGUUUAAACUUGAACUCUUUCUCCCCGAGGAAUACCCCAUGGCAGCUCCAAAAGUACGCUUUAUGACCAAAAUAUACCACCCCAACGUAGACAAGCUGGGAAGAAUAUGUCUAGACAUCUUGAAAGAUAAAUGGUCUCCAGCCUUGCAGAUCCGUACUGUCCUGCUAUCAAUCCAGGCAUUACUAAGUGCUCCCAACCCUGAUGAUCCUCUAGCGAAUGAUGUUGCGGAGCAGUGGAAGUCCAAUGAAGCUCAAGCCAUAGAGACGGCCCGGACAUGGACCAGGCUUUACGCUCAAAACAACAUAGAAGUGUAGAAAACGUAAAACAAGCGGAAAGAAACUGAGCGGGAAGUCAGUGUGAGAACACACUCCUUAUUUCUGCCAAGACCUCUUCUUCUUCCUACUUCAUUUGCAUUUUAAGGACACCGUCUUGGAGGGAAAAAAAGGUAUUAUUAUAAUAAAGUACACAUUUUAAGGAAUAUAUUAAAAAAGAGGAAAAAGACAAGUAAAUUGGUGAUUUUAAAUGCACAUACGAGAAGAAAAAAAACGUAACUUGUCGUUUUUGUCCUAACUCACUACUGUUCAGAUGCAUGGGCAGCCAGGGUUGAGAUCUAACUCACUACUGUUCAGAUGCAUGGGCAGCCAGGGUUGAGAUCUAACUCACUACUGUUCAGAUGCAUGGGCAGCCAGGGUUGAGAUCUAACUCACCACCUGGCUUUAUUUUCCAUUGAUUUGGGAGGAAACUGCCAACCUCUGCUUUUAACUAGCUUCGUAUAGAAAAUUUAAAAAACGAGGUUUGUCUGUCCCAUGUUUUAUUCGGAGGGGGUGGGUUGGAGGGAGACAGUCUGGGUUCUUGUCCAAGAUGGCCAAACUUUUAAAAACUUUUCUUUUAACUUUGUUUUCUCUUGUGAUGCUGGUUGUUUAUUGAAAUCCGCUGAUUAGCCCCAUGUAGUAGACACACCCUUUGAGACAGGCUAUUGUUGGACUCAUUACCCUGUUGAAGGCCAAGCCGCAAAACAAAAUCAACAUAGCGCCUGCUAAACCACUUUAACAUGAAAUACAAAGUAAUGAUAUAACGACUAAACAAUGAAUCUGAGCCUGCCACCAUCACGUUUAACUGUUGCAACCGCUGUCCGUGUAGAGACCCUAAGGUAGUCUUGUGGCGGAGGGAGGGCAGUAUGGAGUGGGAUAGGGGUGGCGGGACAGGAAUUCCAUAACUUCUGUAUUAGGAAUAUAUUGUUUUUCUCGUCUCUCCUUUUUAUUUGAUAUGGAUGUUUUCCUGACAUCGGGCUACAUGACUCUUUUAGCUUCUUGUUCUUCCUGUUUGUCACAAUCUAAUGCUACAAGACACAACGGUUUACUACAAUCCCAUGGCAUUAAUUUCCGAAAAGUGUAAUGAGUUGUAAGUUCUGCAGUGUGUGUUAGGGGUAAUUUUGCUCGAGGAGGGUGGGGGGAGGUAAGGGUAGGUGGUUAGGGGUAAUGGGGGAAUCGCAGGAACUAACUCCAAGAGAUCAAUGAAGGCUUUUGUCUCAACUGUCAAUAUUGGUAUUUGGUUUGAAAAGUCUGUAUUCAAUUCACUGUUUGUAAAUUCAUUAUUUCUAUUGAACUGGAGCGGUCGGGGGGGGGGGCACGUUUUCCUGUUCUCCAAAUGGUAGGAAAACAGUCCACCUGCAUUUUUUUUUCUGUAAAUAAAAUCUGUUGAUUUAA